AUGGCAGCAGGGGCAGCAGCUGGAGCCUGGGUGCUGGUCCUCAGUCUGUGGGGCGCAAUAGGUGGCGGUCAAAACAUCACAGCCCGGAUCGGGGAGCCACUGGUGCUGAACUGUAAGGGGGCCCCCAAGAAACCACCCCAGCAGCUGGAAUGGAAACUGAACACAGGCCGGACAGAAGCUUGGAAGGUCGUGUCUCCCCAGGGAGGCCCCUGGGAUAGUGUAGCGCAUGUCCUCCCCAACGGUUCCCUCCUCCUUCCAGCCGUGGGGAUCCAAGAUGAGGGGACUUUCCGGUGCCGGGCAACGAACAGGAAUGGAAAGGAGACCAAGUCCAACUAUCGAGUUCGAGUCUACCAGAUUCCUGGGAAGCCGGAAAUUGUAGAUCCUGCCUCUGAACUCAUGGCUGGUAUCCCCAAUAAGGUAGUGGAACAGAGCGGGAGAAGUAGAAACAAGUCACCACUCUUUCCCCAGGUGGGGACAUGUGUGUCCGAGGGGGGCUACCCUGCAGGGACUCUUAGCUGGCACUUGGAUGGGAAACCCCUGCUACCUGAUGGGAAGGGAGUGUCUGUGAAGGAAGAGACCAGGAGACACCCUGAGACAGGGCUCUUCACCCUCCAGUCAGAGCUGAUGGUGAUCCCAGCCCGGGGAGGAGCUCCCCACCCCACCUUCUCCUGUAGCUUCAGCCUGGCCCUUCCGCGGCGCCGGGCCUUGCACACAGCCCCCAUCCAGCCCAGUGUCUGGGAGCCUGUGCCUUUGGAGGUCCAAUUGGUGGUGGAGCCAAAAGGUGGAGCAGUAGCUCCCGGUGGAACUGUGACUCUGACCUGUGAAGCUCCUGCCCAGCCCUCUGCUCAAAUCCACUGGAUGAAGGAUGGCAUUGCCCUGCCCCUUGCCCCCAGCUCCGUGCUGCUCCUCCCUGAGGUAGGGCCUCAGGACCAGGGAACCUACAGCUGUGUGGCCACCCAUCCCAGCCAUGGGCCCCAGGAAAGCCCUGCUGUCAGCAUCAGCAUCCUUGAAACAGGAGAGGAGGGACCAACCGCAGGUGAGGGAUUGGACAAAGUCAGAUAG